UCCUCUACUUCCUGCUUCCCCGGUCCGCCCACAGUCAGCUGUUCUUCGGGUGUUUGCAAACAUCUGCCCGUCCUCCGUGGUCCCGCAGCUCCGUCCAGGAUGGGGGAGAACGACCACAGCGACAUUAUCGAGCACCACGUCGAGGAGGAGAUGGAGAAGAAAGCCGGGGUCCGCGGCCUGUCCUCCCCGCGGCUGGACAGACUCAGUCCGUCCGAGAGAGAGGGCCACAGCAGCACCCAGUCCUCCCACAGACUGCUGGCCUACAGCGAUGCCCUCAUCUCCAUCAUUGCCACAGUCAUGAUAUUGCCGGUUGCCCACACCAAAGUGGAAGAUAACGAGGAGUUGAGGGAGAGCGUUCAGCUGCUGCUAACGACGAAGAUCGCCGUUUACCUGAUGACCUUCCUGAUCGUGACGGUUGCCUGGGCCGCUCAUAUCAGGUUAUUCCAGGUCAUUGUUCACAUUGACGACUGCCUCGCUCUGCUUAACCUUGCCUGCAUGAUGCUGAUAACCUUCCUGCCGUACACUUUUUCCUUAAUGGCGACCUUCCCUGAGAACGUCCUCGGGAUUUUACUCUUCUGUGGUUGUGUGAUGGUGAUCGGGGUGAUUCAGUCGGUGAUUGUGCUGUACGCCUUCAGUCGGCCCUUCCUGCUGAACGAACAGAUCCAGAUCUCAGACAACCUGACCUACUAUAAACAUCACAUCCUCCAGGUCAUCAUGAGGGUUCCCAUCAUGUGCUUCUUCGCCAGCAUCUUCUCCUUUAUCUUCUUCCAGCUGUCUUAUGUUCUCCUAGCCAUCAUCAUCUUCCUGCCUUACAUCUCCCAGAGCCUGAAGUGGUGCCGCAGCAAAGCAAUCGGUCAGGUGGAGGAAACGCCGGACUCCAUGUUGUUUUACACAUACCUUCCCAACGAGCCGCUCAGCAAGGAGCGAGUUGAGGCUUUCAGCGACGGCGUUUACGCCAUCGUAGCAACGCUUCUCAUCCUAGACAUAUGUGAGGACAACGUUCCGGACCCGGCGGUGGUGCAGAAGCAGUUUGGCGGCAGCCUGGUUGCCGCCCUGCAGGCCUACGGCCCGGAGUACCUCGCCUACUUCGGCUCCUUCGCCACCGUCGGCCUCCUCUGGUUCGUCCACCAUUCCCUCUUCCUCCACGUCACCAAGACGACGCGCUUCAUGGGCCUGCUGAACACCUUCUCUCUGGCGUUUGUUGGCGGUUUGCCGUUAGCCUACCAGCUAACGCACGAGUUCCCGCGCAACUCCCAGAACGAGCUCGAAGCCAUUCAGAUCAGCUGUGUGAUCGUUUUCUUCGCCGGGAUAUUCCAGCUCUCCAUCUGGGUGGUGGCGCUCUACAACGAACAGGAAACCUUGCACCCUUACGUCUGGUACGGCGGACGGGAGCACGUGUUCAUGCUAGCUAAGCUAGCUCUGUAUCCCUGUGUCGCUUUGGGGACGUUUUUCCUGUCCUGCAUCUUGAGUAAAUUCAGCACCUCCAUCUUCCACCUGAUGGAGAUCACGGUCCCUUUCGCCUUUCUUGUGCUGAGGCUCUUGGUGCGCAUCGGGCUGGCGCUGCUUCGCUUCAUUUUCUGUCCCAACCGGUCCGAUCUGACGACCGUUGUGGACGAUGAAGCGGACGAAACGCGAGUGCCGUUUAAUGCUGUAGUUACCUAGAAGUUUCCCGAUUGGGUCUGUGGAGUAUUGCUGCUAAAAGGUUUGGCCACUGAAAGAAACCCCUGGUGGGUUUAUAUCCAGAACAGAGUGGACAGAACCGUCCUCCUUUUCUAUUAGUUGUUUGUUCAUAUCUGGAGCACAGAUGGGAUUAAACGCUGAAGGCGAAAUCUGGAUCCUAGAUGUAAAGAAACUGAUAGAAACGGCACUAUUGCAGUUAGCCAAGGGUCAUUCAUUUAUACAUUUUUCUUUUCAGUUUCCACCUGUGUGAUUAGUGGCCGUUUUAACCAGAGGUGGGAAGUGUACCCAAAAAUUGUACUCAACUAAGAGUAGCACUACUGUAACAUAUUUUUACUGAAGUAAAAGUAAAAAAAUAGCCGUCCAAGAAAUUACUCAAAUAACGGUAAAAAGUACAGCAUAGUAAAAGUACUCAAGUAAAUGUAACCAGUUUCUACCCAUCUCUGGUUUUAGUUUUGUAUAACCAUCCAGGCAUCCAAAUAGGAUUCUCUCAGCAUGUUUAUAUUUUUGUGUUUUAUCUCAAUCAGGAUCUGAAGUUUUGACGGCCUUGAGUUAUUAUUAUUAUUUUGCAUAGCACAGACUCUGUUUCCUUACUGAUCCAUUUGGUUUUUGCGUAGGCUCGGUGAAGCUGGUUAACUUUUCUGGUUAAUGUUUUUUCUUUGUUCUGCUCCAGAGAAACACACUGAAUUUGGUCAUUGCGGCUGCAGAACUCUGACAUUUUUCAGAUUGGAGAUUUUUUCAAGGCCUGAAGCAAAUGGAGGAAUGUCCUUAGGAAAUUAGUGGCACUUUGACCAGGAAGUUGGAAGGUCAAUCUUGGUUACGUCAACAGCAACGGAGGCGUCGGAUUCUGAAGUGGCGGAAGAGGAUGAACCAAAGAGAAACUUUGGAAAUGUCUGGUUCAUAAAUGUUCUGACCCUCAUUUAGAGUCAUGAGACGUUUGGUUUUCAUAUUUUUGCCCCCAUUGUUGGGAGCUAUUAGCUUCUGAGGGCCAAAAUCAUUAAGUUGGAAGGACUUUUGGGCCACAAAAUGUACAUUUUGUGACUUUUUUAAAAGUUUAUCCAGAUAAUAAUUUAAAUUUAAAUCAUUGUAGAAACAUAAAAGCAGUUUUGCACAAUUACAUUAUAAGACAGGCACACAGUUGAUUAUUUUCUUUUUUUGCAUUUGCAGAAACGUCAUUAUGAAUGGACGAUUUGUUUUUUGUACCUUUUUUACUUUAAUGAGAUUUUAGUUACCUGUAAAACAUGUUUCUCUACAAGAUGAAAAAAUCUCCAUCUCCAUUAAUCUCCUAUUGUUGCAAUGAAGUCAGGGGCUGCACAAAAUCCUUCAGAGGCCGCAAAAGCCCCCCGCGCCACACCUUGGACACCUCUAGGGCAAAUCUAUUAUUUUGGUUUAAAUGAAGAUGUCAAGAUUUAAGGAAGGUACUAACUUCUCAUAAACUCUCCACAGAACCAAACUGGAAGCUUGACGCACUUUAAAACUCGUACUGAGAAAGUAGAGCCAUAAAACUCAUCACUGCACUGUUUUAUAUUGAUUUCAUACAAAUUCAACAACUUAUAAAUCACUUCAAAUUAACAUUUAAUCAAAACCUAAACAUCAAAUGUUUCAGAGAAAAACCGUGACACAUACGGAGAGUUUUUACUGUGUUGCAUCAACACUGGAACCGGAAACGGUUCCCUCCUUUUUCCUCUAGUUCACUUUGUGUUUUUUUUAUUUUCUUUUGUUUAUUAUUUUUCAAAUCAAUGAUGGUUGUGGAUUUGACAUCAAAACAACUUAACAAGGGAUCCUGUACAUUUGUCCAGCAGGGGUCACUGUUAUUUUGAAUAAAUAAUGCUUAAAUACUGAUAUCGUCAUAAAAAACGUUUUAGACUCAAAGUGGAUUUAAAACCUACGUGCACUUUAAUUAAAACCUAUAAAAUUAUGUUCAUGUUUUUUUUCUUUGUAUUUUGACUUUAUUUUCUAUUUGUUUGCAACCUGCAGUGUUUUCCAUUCAGAUCCAGAUCAUUUCUUUAUUUCAGUGAAGGCCUGAAAAGCCAUUAAAUGUUUGGUUGCAAAACGACGUCAACUUCGUCAAUAUGAAUGUUUGUGGCACAUCAUGCAGAUCAAUAAAAAAUGAACUGUCAAGCUUUA